UGAUUGUAAACGAUUUAACGAUACGAAAAAAUCGUUAUGGGUUGAGAAAAAACGGAUCGAAAGCGAACCGGACUGAUUUCGUUUAUUUUCCUCAAUCAUUUUCCCAUUUUACGCCAUAAACGAUUGAACAGAAGCUGAAGCUGUGAGUGUCACCUAUUGGACUUGAAGGAUGGGAAUGGCAGAGAAUAGUUUGGAAGUGGAGGAGGGAACGCUUGAGAUUGGCAUGGAGUAUAGAACAGUCUCUGGUGUUGCCGGGCCACUGGUUAUUCUCGACAAAGUCAAGGGUCCAAAAUACCAGGAGAUUGUUAACAUUCGUUUAGGAGAUGGAACGGCUCGUCGUGGUCAGGUCUUAGAAGUUGAUGGGGAGAAAGCUGUUGUGCAGGUUUUUGAAGGAACCUCUGGUAUUGACAACAAAUACACAACUGUGCAAUUCACAGGAGAGGUUUUGAAAACUCCUGUAUCAUUGGAUAUGCUUGGUCGCAUUUUUAAUGGUUCUGGAAAACCCAUUGAUAAUGGUCCUCCAAUUUUGCCUGAGGCUUACCUAGACAUAUCUGGAAGCUCAAUCAACCCCAGUGAAAGAACCUAUCCUGAAGAGAUGAUACAGACUGGGAUUUCUACCAUUGAUGUCAUGAAUUCUAUAGCUCGUGGUCAGAAGAUUCCACUUUUUUCUGCUGCUGGUCUUCCUCACAAUGAAAUAGCAGCUCAGAUUUGUCGCCAGGCUGGUCUUGUAAAGAGGCUCGAAAAAUCUGGAAAUCUCACGGAGGAUGGGGAAGAGGACAAUUUUGCCAUUGUAUUUGCAGCCAUGGGUGUAAACAUGGAGACAGCCCAAUUUUUCAAGCGUGAUUUUGAGGAAAAUGGAUCAAUGGAGAGAGUGACCCUUUUCUUAAACUUGGCCAAUGAUCCCACCAUUGAGCGUAUUAUUACCCCUCGAAUUGCUCUCACAACUGCAGAAUAUUUGGCUUAUGAAUGUGGAAAGCAUGUUUUAGUUAUCCUGACUGAUAUGAGUUCUUAUGCCGAUGCUCUUCGUGAGGUAUCUGCUGCUCGAGAGGAGGUGCCAGGAAGGCGUGGAUAUCCUGGGUACAUGUAUACUGAUCUGGCAACAAUUUAUGAGCGUGCAGGACGUAUUGAAGGGAGAAAGGGCUCAAUCACUCAAAUUCCAAUUUUAACUAUGCCGAAUGAUGACAUCACACACCCUACUCCAGAUCUUACUGGUUAUAUUACUGAGGGUCAGAUAUACAUUGAUAGGCAACUUCACAAUCGGCAGAUUUAUCCUCCUAUUAAUGUGCUUCCAUCACUUUCUCGACUUAUGAAGAGUGCUAUUGGUGAGGGAAUGACCCGUCGAGACCAUGCUGAUGUGUCCAACCAGUUAUAUGCAAAUUAUGCUAUUGGAAAAGAUGUCCAGGCGAUGAAAGCUGUGGUUGGAGAGGAAGCACUUUCUUCUGAGGAUCUGCUUUAUCUAGAAUUUCUGGAUAAAUUUGAGAGGAAAUUUGUGACACAAGGGGCCUAUGACACCCGCAACAUCUUCCAGUCACUCGAUCUGGCCUGGACACUACUCCGUAUCUUCCCUCGUGAGCUUCUUCACCGAAUUCCAGCUAAGACGUUGGAUCAGUACUACAGUCGUGACACAAACUGAGCUGAAAAGGGAAGCACCUUUCACUUAUUUCACUCCACUUUUCAGAUAAAGAGUUUGCAUCACUUUUGAACUGCUUGUCUAGCUUUUAUAGUUAUGGAAAUUCUUUGGUUUUAGUACCCACAAGGUCUUUGUAACAACGCAUGUUUCACUUUUUAUUGUAAUUCCUUUGCUGCACUUUGGCCAACUGAAAAUAAUAGGAAGUUCUGUAGAAACCCAAAGGCCCUUUGUAUUAAAUUUAUUAUCCCCAUAUUGAAAUAUAAGAAACUCGUGUAAAUCAUCCUUGGAUAUGGAAAUAUCUUUUGGGAGGGAA